CAAACAUGGCGCCGCGAAAGUGAGGAAAACUCUGAUGUGAGUGUGAUGUUUCUACUCCGAUUAUUAUGCGGUUUGUUGUUGUUUCACGUAGCAGUUUAACAAAUAAACACACAAACGGAAGACGUUUAAAGGAAGCUUUACCGAUAAUUGUGUGCAUUUAUCUGAUUUCAGUCGUUUUGGGCUUCUCAUUUAGUCUUUUUAUUUACACUUAAGUUAUUGUUGAAGGUCCAAGUUCGUAUGUCCCAGACAGAUGAGAGGAAAAAAAAAAAGACAAGUCAUCUUCAUCUUGUUCAUCGUCAUCAUCAUCAUCAUCAUCAUCAGUUUCUUAGGAGCCGACCAAGAUGGCUCUAAGGAAGCAAAUACUCAAGGAUACCAGCGACAUUCCCUGUGGAAGCCAACAGGUAGACAACAACUCACAGGAGGAGGAGGACGACGAAGACAACAAUGAGGAGCUCUCAUCAUCACUUCUGUCGUCAUCAACAAGAAAAAAACGCAAGAUAGAGAGGGAAAACAAAUCCAAACAAGAGAUGACGGAGGAGGAGAUGAUGGACUUGGCUCUGCGUCUGAGCGAACAGGAAGCCAGCGUCACGGCGCUCAGACAGCAGCAAGAGGAGGAGGCCAUGAUGAAAGCCAUCCAAGAGAGCAUUGUCAGUCAGACACAACCCAGCCCGGUGUCCCAGAGUCAGAGCCUGCUGGACGAUGCAGAGGCUUCACCCGGCGCCUGCUCCCGACGGAAACUCCUGUACUCAGGCGGGAAGACGGCGUCUGCCAUCGACCAGGGAGCGUCAGCGGACAUCCGUACAGCAGAGACCGACCUGAACCAAGGAGCCAAAGGAACUGGAGGUGAACGUAAUACCUUGAGAAAAAAGUUGAAAAGGAAAGAAGGAAGCCCUCUGCUGGAGAUGCCAGAUUUGUCACAGUCUCAGAAAAUCUCCGCUCAGGAUUCCCCCGGCAGCUCAGACUGCCUGUCAGCGCCUCUGGACUCCCCACAGAGCUCCGACUCGACCCAGAUCGAGGACUGCCAGCCCCCUAAAUCCCCCGUCUUCCCCUCGCCGGGCUGCAGAGCCAAGGUCCUCGUCCCGCGGCUGAGCCAGGACCUGCUGCAGACCUGCAGGAGCUCAGGUUUUGUUUUGUGCUCUCAGGACACUUUGACCUCUCCACGCAAGAGCCCGACGUUCCCAAAGAGCCCCAAACUCUCCAGUAAACUCUCCAUUAAGCCCCCACUGUGCAGUAGUCCUCUCUUCUCCGACCUCGAUGAGAGAGACGAUGGAGAGUAUUUUAAAAGUCCAGUGUUUGGCUGGAAUACUCAAAACAAGACGUCUGCAAGUGCCUGCAAACCUCAAGACUGUAAAUCGGGGUUCACGUUUUCCUCCCAGGAUAGUUUAACCCCCUCUGUGAGGUCCACUUCCUGUCCGCCCAAGAGCCCAGUAUUCCCAAGAUGUCCCGGCCUUCCCAAUAACCCCCAUUCCUCGGAAAGAUCAGCAACCUGCAGGAGUCCUGUGUCCUCAGAGUCCGACGGAGGACAGGCAGAGCAGAGUCAGGGAUUUUGUAAAAGCCCAGUGUUCGGCAGGACUGGACAACGAGAACAUAUGAAUAUUGAUGUGCAGACACACUCCUCGGGUUCAGGAAGUGAAGGGAAUUCAACCCCUACCAGGGAUUCGUCUCAGAGUCUGGACAGCAAGCCAGACCAAAAUCCUAAUCUCAGGUUGAAUAAGGCAUUUCUGUCAGAUAACGCAGAGCAUGAAAUAUGUAAAGAGGGAAACUCGGCAGAGUCGGAGCUGACCAGCGAUAUGGUGUUACUCUGGUCUGGAGAGGACGACGACGUCACGCCGACGGGGUCUCACAGCCCGGUCUUCCCAGAGGAGAGACCUCUUCAUCAGGCAGAAAGUGAGACCGCCCCCCCGAACCAUGUGACUGCAGCUUUUCCAGGGACGAACAGCAGACCUUCUACCUCUCCCACAUCAAGCGGCCGUCAGCAGCUUGUAGCCACAGAGCGACGUUUACAGCCAAUCAACAGUGAGCCUGCAGAGGGGCCGACAGUGAGCUACUACUGGGGGGUUCCCUUCUGUCCACGAGGCCUGGACCCAGACAAAUACACACAGGUGAUCAUGGCUCAGAUGGAGGUUUAUGAGAAGAGUCUGAAGCAGGCACAGAGGUUCCUGCUGAGGAAGGCCGAGUGGGGGGGGGCCGUCCUGCCACAGCCGGAGAAAUCCCCUUCACCGGAGUCAGCUCCUGAAUCACCUCCACAGCCGGUUCAACGAAGGAGUGGCCUCAAACUAAAAGGUAAAAAAGUGUUUGAAGAAGACGAUUUCUGUCCAGCCGAGGCAGAGGAGGAGGAUGAAGAGAAGCAGGAGGAGGAAGGAGAAAGUAAAGAAGAAGAGAAGGAGGAGAAGAAGGCAGAAGAAGGAGGACAUGUAGACACUGAUGAGGACUGUGAGGUUUGUCCAGAAACCCAGCUGAGUGACAACAAUGACGACAGCACGCAAGAUCUGAUGAUGGGAACUAGCGCUGGGGCAGCGUCUGAGUGUAAAAUGAGUCCAGAACGGCCGGAGGUCGAGGUGAUUCUCCAGGUGGAUUCUCCAGCCGAGGCUGAGCGGCAGGAGGAGAUGGAGGUAGAAGCCCCAGUGGACAAAAAGACGAUCGUCCCUGUUAGCAGCAGCGAUGUUGGAGGACGGCAUGAAAAGAGGACAGAGGAGCUGGAUCCAGAUGUUGAGGAGAUAAAAUAUCGGGUGCUUCAAAGGUCGUCGUCUCCUGAACUGGAACCUGAAGACAGAGUGGACUGUCCCAUCUGUCAGAGCUCCUUCCCGCUAACGCAGAUCGAGAGGCACGCUGCAUACUGCGAUGGAGAGGAGGGCGCGAGGAAGCCGGGAAAAAGACUGUUUCCAAGUGUCAUUGAAGCCUCGUAGGAAGAGACCAAGGUUAGCCGAGGCGAGUUCUGCAGAGACCGGCGAACCCUCCAACACUGGCAAGAUCCAAGAGAAAUGUUACAUCUGUCAGAAAGCUGUUCCCCUGAGAGACUACAGCCGACACACAGAGCUCUGCAUCCAGAGGCAAUCCUCGAAUUGUCAAUCCAAUGCAGCCAAGGGAAAUCUGCUGUCGGCUCUGGAGAAAACAGAGAGCAGAGAUUCAGAGGCCGUGCCGUCUGGAUCCAAACUCCCACAGAGAGAAGUCAUAGACCUGCGGGAUGAUGAUGAAGAGGAGGAGGGUGACAGUGUUUCAGUGCUCAGGAUCAGUAACUCUCCCAUCAGAUCCU